AUGACAGAAAUACAAGCUACUGCACCUGAGACGGAGGAGAAGCCAUGGGACCAAAAAGUGGGUUCCUUCACCGACAGUGUCAGGGAUGACUCCUCGGAAACGAUCGAAGAGAACGGCUCGCUGGCCGCCGUCGACGGUGUAGAGCGAGGAAUUGAGGACGGUGGCGCCGAGCCCGAGGCUGAAGGCGGCGCGUGCUAUGUUGAACUCCUCGAAUCCCACGAAGAAAAAUCUGCAGAACUCAAAAAUCCUACUAAGAAAACUCAUCAUCGGCGACCAUUGGCUGGAGAGUACACAAUCGACGCCACCACUGCCCAGAUGUCGACCCUCAUCGGCGCGUACGUCUCCAAGUGGUACUCUCUUCGCUGCAUCGACGACCAUCGACUGAAAGACUUACAUCGACGCUACGAAAAAGAUGAAGAGCGAGGAGUUGUUCCCCGUGGAGACCAUAAAAUUCCGGUACGACCCGAACGCCAUGUCCAAGGCCGUCGAGGAAACCCUAGACGACCACGAACAAACAAUGACUUAGUCUCAUCAGCGUUGGGUGGUUGUGUCUUAUCAACGAGAACAUGUCCUGUUAUCCUUGAUCCACGUUGCCCUUGCUUCCUGGGCUGUGUGCUUUUGUCCAGUAUCUAUGCGAACAAGAGCUAA